AUGGCUCUGGGGCCGGGGCCGGGGCCACCGCGGCUGCAGCAGCGGGUGCCUGGCAGGGUGCUGCCCGUUCCAGCCCAGGAUGUCCGUGUUUUUGCACAAACUCUUUCAGGAAAGCCCAAGGUGUAUCAGGGUGUCAGAGUAAAGAUCACAGUGAAGGAGUUACUGCAGCAGAGAAGAGCACGACAGGCAGCAACUGGUUCAGCAGUUUCUUGGGGCAGCAGCAGCAGCAUCCAGUUCCCAGAGUCUGUGUCUCCGCCUCACCCAGCCCCUUUUGAUGCAGAGCCCAUCUCUUCUGUUCCCAACUGCUGUCCAUCCUGGCAGUUUUCCAACUGCCUCUCCUGUGAGGAAAGCCCCAGCUACUUGGAGCAGCUGAUAGAUUCCUGUCUGCAGUCGGAUGUGCCCUCAGAGCCAGCCUGCAGUGCUUUCCAGCCAGCACACUACACCCCAGACACCUUCCAGCCAGUGCCUCUCUGCUUCAACCAGGGCCUGGCUGCCAGCCCUCCCAGCUCAGCUGACCUGUCCAGCCCACUCAACUCCAGCUGCUCCCCUGCCCAGCUGUCUCCUCUCACCCCGCUGACCCCCAGCCCUCCCCCUGCUCUGGACCCCCGGCCCUUCAGCUGCCCCGUGGAGGAGUGGGGCUGCCAUGCCCCCUGCCCCUACCCCAGCCCUGCCUGCUGCUGCACAGCCUGUGGCUCCCAGCCCUUGGACAGCAGGGUCCCCCAGUGCUUCCCCUGCCCCAGCACGGACUGCCUGGACUACCUGCCCCCCCUGGGCCUGCCCGAGGACUUCUUCAGGAGGGACAGGAGCUGGGACAUCUGCUACAGCUAA